GCUUUUGCCGGUCGGUACGUAAGUUGCUCUAAAAAUAGUUUUUUUUUUUUUUUUAAUUUGUAAUUUGUAAUUUUAUUAGUGAUAACGUAAACCUGGUAGUUACAAAACUAUUUUUCAAGUCAAGGAAAAAUAGUUGACUAUUUUUUAAAUUUUAAGAUUCCUUGUGUAUUAGAUUCACAAUAUUUAUUUGUGAGAGCAACUUCACAACUGGCUAAGUUCACACAGUGCAAUAAGUAACAAAAAUGUCACAUUUCAUUGCGGAAAUCGGUGGCUUUCAGGAACACCAAAAGGACAUAUUGCUGCAAGUUUUAAACUCAAAACGAUUACUAAUUGAUCAUGUCGAAAUACUAGAAGAGUGCUUUGAGCAAAUCACGCAGACUGGAUCACAUUCAUACUUCUCUGCAGGCAAGCUAGCCGCUCUGGGAUCGAUUCCCAUCGGAUUUUAUUUUCUUCCUGCCAACACUAAAUGGCUUUAUCCGAUUUCCACAUUGAUUGCCGCUUAUGGUGCAUGCUGCGGCAUAAAAUACCUCAACAAAUAUCGAUACCAACGGCAGCGGAAGCAGCUGGAACAUUUUGUUCACGCGUUGGAGCAGUUUGAAAUGGCUGUGAAGAAAAAUCUUCUCUUCCUGAACGAAAGUCAACACCUUCGGGGUGUGCAGGAUUCCCUAGAUAAAUCCGGAUUCGAAAUGGGUUCGUUCGUUGGCAACUGUGCGAGCUGUUGCAUUGAGACCGUCAAGUUGAUUCACUCUGCUGUGAAGCGAUUGGAGAGGGAAUGUCCGCUGACGGAACGGUGGAAUAGCUUGUACGCGCCAAUUGAGUCACUGGAAGAUUGUGAACUGUUCUCCGAGGGCGCCGUUGAGAACGCAAGAAGUUCCCGAGCGAUAAAGGACUACUACAACGUAUUCGCGUACAUGCAAUCUCAGUUCCUAACACGGCUCGUCCUUUCCAUCGCUUGUGGCCUAUCGGACUUAGACCGGUGCAACCUUCCGGAACUAAGUUCAAAGCUGAAUGAUCAAAAAUCGCUAUGCUUAUCACCACUUACUGCAAUACUGGACACUAACCGAAAACGUGCUCCCCGAGUUGCGGUUAAUUCGCUUCCACCCGAACUGACUCAUCUGCGAUCACUGUCGUUGAGUUUGUCCGCCAAGCUUUACAGUACCGUCUAUCGGUAUAAUGAAAUCGAAAGGGUUUUAGAUGAAACAGUAUCGGGUCUGGUGGAUAACAAGGAAGUAGGUCAGUUACAAGACCUAGCCGUAUCAAUGGAAGCCGUCAUGAACGAUCUCAGUGCUUCCACCGAAGAAUGUCAACGACUGUUAAUCACAAUGAAAAAACUGAUCAAUAAGGAUGACAAUGAAAGUCAGCUUGAAAUUGAUGCUAGAUUCACCGAAAACUCAGAGCAACCAUUAGAUAUGCCUCCUGGUGCAGAUCGAGUCUAUUGCGAGCAGGACAAACCCUGUAUCAAAGAUGAGUUCUUCGCUGUGGAUGGGACCGAACACGAUUGUCUGGCAGAAGACGACCGACGAUCGGUGCCAACUAUCGAUGAUCUGGAAAGCAUCAACUCAAGAAUCGUUAAGCGACACUUUAAGCCUGUUUUGGUGCAGCUGCGGGAACGGAUCGAACCCAUUGGUGUUGAAUUUAAACAACGGGAAAGGCAGGCGCUAAAGGACAAGGGAAUCAAAAUGGUUGACUCGGAUGAGGAGGCCAGCGACGAUGAAGGCAGCUUGGACCAAGUACCUGUAAAGAGGACGGUUUACGGUAGCGACUCGGAAGACGACCAAGAGGAAGAUCAGCGCAAUGCAAUCAAGUUCGAGAAAAGUGUUCAGCGGUACGAUGAUGUUCGAGGGUUCCUGGCUGCUAAGGAGCAGAUUAAUAUUUUCGGAUUGAAACCUAUGGUAAGUUUGGUUGACGAAGAUGUGCUUGAAUGAUAGAGAGAUGUAGAACAUCGAGAUACAAAAAGUUACAUCAAAAUUUUA